UGUACGUAUGUGUGCAAUGUCUGCCUGCAGGCAGAGAAUCAAUCCCGACCAUUAUCCAACCCUCAGCUCAACACACUUGUGGCAUCGAAACCAGGGAAAGCCAGGCGAGACUCGCCAAUGAAGGGCGGAUCGGAUUUUGAUCCACACCUUCCACCCUUUGGUCGUUCUGUCGUGGGUCCUAGUGGUCUGUCUGUCGGCGUGGCUGGUUUUCUCGUGCCCAUUCAUAUCGGGCUCACAUUGACUAACCCAAAUAGGAAGGAGGCCCAAGUGGCGGGCGGCUAAGCCCCUGGCUCUGGCCGGUUAGAUUCAUCCCUGGUUCCGUAAAAUCUCGAUUCCAAGUCGCCAUUGCCAGAGUCUCAGAGUCUUCAGAUCCCAGACCAGGUCGUCUUCAUUCAGCUUGACCGGAUUACUCAUCGUCUCCGCCCAUCGGCACCUUCAUGUCGUCUUGGGCACCCCCGGGUCAUGGACGCGGACGAGCGGGUUUGGAAGGGAGUGGCCCUGGGGAUUAUCAGUCGCCCUCACCCCCGCCUCGCUCGUCCCGCUCGUCCCGCUCACACAGCCGCGAUAAUCGCGCGCUGAAUCCGCGAGCGGCGCUCAGUGCUGCGCGGUCUCGCCGCCGACGUUCGCGUUCCCGCUCGCGCUCCCGAGAACGCUAUCGGCGACGAUCGCCGUCUCCGCCCUUAGGCCCCCGUGGUGGCUUUCGACCCGCGGGCUUUGAGCCGCCCGGGGGUGCGUUUCGAGGCUACCCAAGUGGGUUGGAAGGGGCACGUGUCCGAGAUGAUCAGGCCAUGCGGCGUCAUGCCUUGCCUCGACCCCAUUUCCGACCGUCGUUUUCGGCCCCCGACGACGACGAUCCGCUGCCGUUGCUGAUGGGUGGCACCUCGGCUUGGGAUGCGGGCCGGUCCAGUGGACUUUGGCCCGGAUCCAGCCAGCCGCUCGUGAACGACCCAUUCUCGUUGCCCCCUUCCCCGACAUUUCGGGGCGGGGCGCGAGCUCGGGUUCGAUUAGACAUCUCGGACUUGGAUGCACGCGAUCCGGACUUGUCCGAGCCGUUUCCCCCGUCCCAUGCGCACAGUGUCACGCGGGGACUCGGGGUAAUUCGGGAGUACAUUUCAGACACGGCUGGGAUUCUCGACUAUCAACCCAACCAACGGGAUGGUCCUUUUUUUGCCGUUUAUUUUCACAUUAGCGUCACGUUUGUGCCCAACACGAUCAACGGGGAUGUCUAUGGCCCGCCCGUACGAUACAUCGAUAUUGUCAGCCGGGCCGAAGCCUGCCUUGAUCGACUUUUGCCCGUUGGGUCGGAAGUAUUUUUUAAUGCCGUCGAGGUGAACAGCCCGUUUUUCGAAUUUUUGGCCAUGACCGUGUGGCCCAAUAGCACAGAAAACCCAUCACGCAUGGAGCCCAUCACCAACCAAUCGGAUUUUUUGAGCCAAUUUCACGAGCGGACCACUCCGGACACCAUUGUGCCCUUAACAAUAAACGGUCUGGACCGAUUAGAGAUGCGCGAUGCUCGGGCUAAAGUUUGGGAGAUCAAAGAUGAAUAUUUUGGCGUGAUCGAGGUUUUGAUUGGCUCGGAACAGGAUCGCUUCUUCUGUAUGUUUCAUCGGAGCGAUGUGUACUUGGCCGACGGUCAAAAAGCCGUUUUAUCAGAUGUGUAUCGCGAUAAACCGCUCAACGAUAUCGUUAAAGUCAACCAGGAAGUCAAUUUGACGGCCAGAAGUAUCGUUUUAACCAAGGGAAGCUUUUUGAAGGCCGCUGUCCUCGAACUUCAAGCCGUGGUCGUGUCCUUGAAUCCGUUUCUUAUCCCACGCAGUGCGCCACGUCCCACCAAAUUCAAGGGCGGUGAUGGAUUACUGGGUAGCCGUGGCGAAUAUUCGCACGGUUAUCUGAACACCAGGUUACGUGAGGAGCUGAAUUUGAAACUCAACGAGUUCCUGAGGAAAUCCAGAACGGCUUUCCCUCAAUUAGAUCCAAAAUUCAUCUCAGAUUUGGAGCCAGAGCCUUUGAAAUUCCCCUUGUUUCCUACUGAGCACCCUUUGCAUGGUCAUAAUGUCCGAGCUCAUCCAAUACUACCCUCACUCGGGCUCGUGAAGGAGGUGUUGAGUGAGGGCUCUGGACUCAUCGAGUUGUCGCCGUCGGGUAACAAGUCGGGUUUAUGUCUUUUCACGGUGGGUCAAAUGAUUCCCAAGGUCCAAUCGUCUUUAUAUGACAUAAUUGGGCCUGGCGUGUGUGUGAAAGUGAUUUCUACCUUGGUGGACGACCAAAAAAUGAUUCCAAACCUUGCCACACUGGUGUGUAGUGACCGGUUCGAGCCAAGCCCUGAUCAAAUCAAUGCAGCCCAGCAGCCGGACGAGUUCUUACUCCAAAAGUAUCAUGACGUCAAUGAAAUGUUGUCGGUCCAAGUCCCCGAUUCAACCACCACCAUGUCCAAAUCAGGGAAAAGCGAUAACUUCCCUGAUUACUACGACGCCAAAGAGGGCAAGUUAUUUCGCAUUCUGGAUGAAAACUUUGGUCUUGUUAAAAUCCAUUACAACUUAGUUUUGUUUGACGUGUGCGACUUAUGGAUAGAUCCGAUUACCACCGCUUCACGAGAUGGAAAAAAGUUAUUCCAGGUCAUCCAAGAGGGCCAAAGAGUCAGAUUCCAUGGCACUUUGGUCGAUGCGAGCGCCAAGAUUCAGUAUCUGGCUAGUUCAGUGUGGUCGGCGGACAAUAGGUUAUUUACCCCAGAAAACCAACCCCAAUCCGUUUCUAAGGACAAAAUCCACUCGGACAAGAUCAAGAUCUACCGCACCGUGGUGGCCUCAGUGGGGGAGAAUCUCCCAGAAUUCUACGCCACAGAUAAUCCUCUCUUGGGUGAAACAAGUGGAAGCAAUCGUUGUUUGGAGGAUGAAUUGGGCGAAGUGGUCCUACUCAUACUCGAUAAUACCAAAUUUCCCGGGCGUAUCACGGGCGGUGUUCUCCGAUUGUCCAAGUACAAAUCCCAUGUGUUCUUCUUGAGCAGGUCUUGCUCAGUGUCCACGUGCUUGAAGAUCGGAGAUAAAUUGUCGUGUACUGUUAUGCCUUUGGAGAAGAGCGACGUCCCUAGUAUUCACGGUUUAGCAAUCCGUGUGACUAGCGUGGACGACAAUAGCAGAAUGCCAACGCGGGACGAGGUUGAUCGAAUGAGCGAACGGACGAGUGCCUACUUGGAGCGAGUCUUGAGUCCGAUUCAAAAAGAGACGCUACAGGCUAAGAUUCUGAAGCCUACCAUUCCUCUCAUGGGUUUGGAUUCCAACGCUCUCGUUGGAAUGCGUGAACCAUUGCCUGAGAUGCAUCUUCAAGCCCGAUUUGUCAGUCUGAUCAAUAAAGACGUGGCUCUCCUUCAAGCCAAGUCCAAUCCUUCACAAUAUAUCUAUUACGAGUUAGACGGUCUCCACUUAGCAUUACCCCGUUCCCAAGACUUGUGUGGCUACUUAGAGGAUCACGGAACGGAAUUGGACCUGGAGGCACAUGUGUGUGAAGUGGAAGCCCCCGGUCCUGUCAAGCUUAUUGCCCAUUCGAAUGGGGUCAGCGUGAAGGGACCUCUUCCGAGUGACAAGCUUAACGCAAUCCAGAAGUUGGAUUUCUCUUCGGCGUUUAUGGUGCCGAUUUACAGCGACAUCACCAAGUGGGAAAGGUUUGCCAACUUGCAGGGCGAACUCAAGGAAGCGUGCGAGGCUAACGGACUUCUCUACGACCUCGAACUUUCAACCGGGAUCUUCAAGUUUGCUUUAAAUGAGAACUUUGGCCUCAUCCACGGGUUUCACAAUGGGAUGCCCCAACGUUACUGCUUGUUCGAUACGUAUGAUCUUAAGGUAUCUGCCGAGCACUCGGCCGCAGAUCGGAGUCUGUCCAUCAAUCAAGUUCUCACGUCCGGUGACGAGGUCCAGUUCAAUGCGUGUGUCAUCGACCAAAAGAGCUGUGUCCCAUACUUAGGCACGAGUGUAUGGAAAGCCGGGCAAAUCCUUCCCACCCCAGAACCCUUGGACAAAUCUGCAAUCCAACCGGACAAGAUUGCCAUCUACAAACAGGUGGUUGAGUCUUGUCGAGAUUUCAUCGAGUCAAGAGCAAAUGAUGAUAUUGUCACACCGUCAGGUGCAAUAGCCUCAUCCUCGAAGGCAUUGGUGUCGAACCAGGAUCCGCAUCACCAAUUGGAACAACCCCAAGGUUCGAAAGGCUAUUAUGCCUUGAAGGAUGAGAGCACAACCGGAGUCAUUUAUAAGGAGCUUUGCUCGAGGUUCGCCAUUCUUUCCGUAGGUCCCAAUGAUGAGCGAGCUCUAUUGGCUACAAAUCGAGUUUGGAUUGGGACCACAUUUAAUCCCAAGGAAUCUAAAUGGAGCAUAAUUCGCCGAUCCAGCUCGAAGCUCUAUGUUUGCGCUCGAGAAGUGGAGGGGUUUAAGGAUUUUCGUUAUCAAGUGGUGUACUGUCACUUAGGUUUUGGCCGACUCCCGAGGAGCGAUGCUUUUGAUUUUAAUUCCAAGAUCAAAGCUUGGAUCCGAUCAAGAUCACACAGACCGAAUCUGAACAGAGAGUUGAAAGACUACUCGGGGAAAUACGAACGCUCCUAGGUUUGUGUGUUUGAUUUAUGGUAUUACUGCGUUAAUUGAAGUGAAUCGUGGAAUUAAACCCCUUGAUGUGUGGAUGGA